AUGGAAGAGUCUAUUUCUCCGUCCAUUGCGGAUGUGAUCGAGAAGGUGCUUUUCGUGCGGGACCCUUUCGAGCGUCUAGUCUCGGCCUUCGAGCACAAGGCCGGAAAACCCAGGGACCGGGAACGCUUCUUCUACGACGUCUGCUGGGACCGCAUCCUGGCUCGAAACAACGGAAGCAACAACACCAUCACCAACUCGACUCGCGCCAUCACCUUUCCCCAGUUCGUGGACUACUUACUUGGGGUGCUUGUAUCCCAGUGGGACGAGCACUGGGCGCCGUACUACUCCCGUUGCGAGCCGUGUCUCUUCCGGUACAACUUUGUGGGACACCUGGAAAUGGCCGGACAGAACAUGGUGUUGCUGUAG